UAUCUGGUAGAGGCAGAGGAGCAGAUGAUCAGGACCGAUGCUGAGGUUCAGCUUGACCGAGAGAGAAAUGGUGAAAUCAAGAUCUACACCGACCCGCUGCUCGCCAACAGUCGCCGCCGGUGCUCCACGUUCGUGAAGGAUCUGAGGCGUAAAGGGUUGGUGGGCUUCACUCGCGAACCCAAGGAGUUCGCGGGUGUAUUCUUCGCGUGGAAGAAGGAGCGCGCCUCCACGAGGAUGGUGCUGGACUGUCGCCGUUCAAACCAGCGAUUUGUUACUCCUCCAGGCGUCGAGCUGCUGCCCACUGAGGGACUGGGUCGGAUCGAGUGCGACGCCGAGCAAACCAGCACGUCACCCAUCUUCUUGGGCAAAGCGGACGUGAAGGACUGCUUCCACCGCAUGAUGUUCGGCAAUGACCUGCCGAAGUAUUUCUGCUACCCGGGCGGGAUGGCCAAGGAGUUCGGCAUCGUCGGCCAGCUCGUGGACGGGGUGCCGGCGCGUGCGGACGACUACCUCUGGCCGCGUGCUCUCGCGCUACCCAUGGAGUGGACGUGGUCGCUAUACUUUGCUCAAGUCGCCAACCUGGGCAUGGUGGAGCGGGCGCCCGCUAUUGCGUCGAGCCAGGUGGCCACCGACCGCGGGCCCCCCAUCGCGUUGGCUCCCUCGUCUUCCUGGCACUACGUCUACGUGGACAACGUGGGGCUUAUCGCGCUGGAUGCCGCCGACUACGUCAAGGGGGCGCUGGCGGACACCACCAAGGCCUUCGACACCGCGGGCCUCAUCAUGCAUGACAUCUCGGUGGACUGCGAGACCGCCGAGGCGUUGGGCGUGACCCUGGACGGCCAGAAGCACCAGACCCUCGUCACCCACCGUCGCUAUUGGAAGACGCUGUCCGUGUGGCACACCGUGUACACUUGCAUCCGCGAGCGGUACUGGGCCAAGAGCGACGUGUGGGACUCUGCGCGCCAGGAGGUCGAGUGUUUCUUCGGGCUGAUGCCGCUUCUGCGUUCGGAGUGGGACCGGCCGUGGCUUGCGCAAGUACUGUCUGUGGACGCCAGCCCGCGCGGCCGGGGCGUCGCUAGCUCCGAGUUCGGGGUGUCGACAGCAAAAAGGAUCUCACCCGCCUGGUGGCUGGCGGACACGGACCCGAGGGCGUCCUGCCUCAGCCUGCAGAUCGACCUGGACCCGAAGGCGUACCGGCUCAAGCGCCCACGCCCUGGGAUACAACCAGCCCUUCCACAUGUCUCGUAUCUCACGACUGCUCUGAAGCGGACCCUCACUCUGGUGGCGCCGCAUCUCACCCUUGCCAAGGAGAAGUGCCGGCGCCCUGCCGAGAGCGAGUCCGAGUCCGACUUCGUGUCUGCCUGCAGCAAUUUCGGGAUCCACGACGAGGCGAACCCGCAGCCGGCCAGACAGCGGGUUCGAACUUGGCACGCCGAUCGACUGGCUCGCAAGUAUACUCAGCCGGCCGAGACCCUUCCGCUGCAGUCGUCCGAGCCAGAGGAGACGGCCGUGUCGGUUCGGACGCAGCACCAGUACAUCAUGGAGUUCAAGGGGUUCAUGGGCAUCGGCUUGGAGGUUGCAAGGCGCGGGCUGCUGGCGAUGGCGCCGGCGGUCAUGAUCGGCGCCAGCUGCUACCUCAGGCCCCCGGAGCCGCUCAACCUCGCGUCGGAGAACUUAGUGGCGACCGCAGCGCCUGCGUCGCAGUACUGGAGCCCCUUUUCGCAUCCUUUGGAGGGGGGCGAGAGGAAGACCACGGGGGACGCGCACGACUCGCUGACGAACGACUCGCCGCACAUGUUGCCGUGGGUCGACGAGUCCUUCCUGGCCUUGAAGGAGAAGGGCGCUUGUCCCAAGGCCACCUCUCGCCCGCGGCUCGCCAAAGAUGGGACCUACAUGGCUGACCUUUUCUCUGGCGCGGGCAAGGUGGCGCGAGCGGUCGUUCGCCUGGGGAUUUCAGCCAAAGCUUGGGACAUCAUCCAUGGUGCCAACCAUGACCUUACAGACCCCACCGUGAUUCGCCUGUUACUUCCCGACAUCCGUGACGGCAAGAUCUCCGCCGCCAUGAUCGCACUCCCCUGUGCCUCGCUGACUAUUGCACGUGACAGGACCUUCCAGAUUCGGUCUCGCAGCGAACCGCGGGGUACUGACCUCACCAAU